AAAUAUUUAUUAAACAAUCACAUCGUCAAGUUUUCACCCUCCCACAGGCCAAAACAAGCCUGUCUUAUAAACUAUUUUCGCUUGACCAAACGGAAACCACACUACUCACGUUAUUUUAUUUCAGUUCCUCUGUUUCUAUUGGUUCUCAUCGAACUUCAUUUUCAGAACACAGCUUUUUGACAGUUUCAUUGUUGGUGGUGAAAAUGUCAAAGGCUGGAACUUGCUAUUAUUCAGUGCUUGGAAUUUGUAAACAAGCUUCUGCUUCUGAAAUCCGUGACGCUUAUAGAAGGCAGGCUCUGAAAUGGCAUCCUGACAGAUGGACGAGAAAUCCGAAAGUAGCCGGAGAAGCUACAAAACGUUUUCAGCAGAUUCAGGAGGCUUAUUCAGUUUUGUCAGAUAAAGGAAAGAGAAGGAUUUAUGACGCUGGAUUGGUGGGUCUACUUGCAGACGAUGAUGAUGAAGGAUUUCUCAAUUUCAUGCAAGAAAUGGUUUUGAUUAUGCAAAAUGUGAAGUCACAGGAAGGAAACAGUUUGGAGGAUCUUCGGGGACUGUUAAUGGAUAUGAUGGCAGACGAUGAAAGACGCAAAUUUGGAUUUGAUUGGGAUUCUUCUCAAACUGCUAGAAAGAGAGCACGUUUCGCUGAUGCAUGAUGGUUAAUGUGAUUUCAAUUUGUUAAUGGCCUCAAAGGUUGCAACUCGCUAGCUAGCUAGCCACAUUUGUUUUCCCAACUCUACUUUUGAUUGGAACAUUAAGUUGGCAGGGUGCACUGCCAAAACGUGUUUAUUACGCCUUCUUAAUUUUUAUUUUUAACAUUUCCACUCCCAAAUUUCGAUCUUGGGCCAUGAUUUGUAGGUUGGGCGAAAGCAAGAGAGUGAAGAAACCAUCGGCAUAUGGGUUUUUAUGUAGAAAAGUAUAUUAUCAUUACCAUAAUUAUUAAUUUGAUAUACAAUUUGUGUAAGGCGCUGGAUUAAUAGGAUCAGUUCUGUGAAUUGGAUUAUUUUACAUCUCCACAUGAGUUU